CCCCCAAGAAAAUCAGCAAGAUGCGCACAGGGCUUGAGAUCCGCUUACAUAAUUCUGCAUCAUGAAUUUCGCCGGCAAAGUUGUUCUAAUUACAGGAGCGAGCUCCGGGAUCGGGGCAGCCACCGCCGUUAAGUUCGCCCAAUAUGGAGCUUGCCUGGCGCUGAAUGGACGCAAUGUGGAGAACCUCAAGAAGGUGGCCGAGGAGUGCAGCAAAGUGGGCCAAUCAUCGCCAGCUUUGGUAGUUGGCGACAUCGCCAAGGAGGCGGACACCAAGAGGAUCUGGACGGAGACGCUCCAGAAGUAUGGCAAGCUGGAUGUCCUGGUCAACAAUGCCGGAAUCAUCGAGACGGGCACCAUCGAGAACACCAGUCUGGAGCAGUACGACCGGGUCAUGAACACCAACUUAAGGGCGAUCUAUCACCUGACCAUGCUGGCCACUCCGGAGCUGGUAAAGACCAAGGGCAACAUCGUGAACGUGUCCAGCGUCAAUGGGAUUCGAUCCUUUCCCGGUGUGCUGGCCUAUAACAUAUCCAAAAUGGGCGUGGAUCAGUUCACUCGCUGCGUGGCCCUGGAGCUGGCCUCCAAGGGUGUGCGGGUGAACUGUGUGAAUCCCGGCGUGACGGUAACCAAUCUGCAUGCUCGCGGCGGCAUGGAUCCGGAGACGUACAAGAAGUUCCUGGAGCACUCGAAGUCCACCCAUGCGUUGGGUCGCCCUGGGGAUGUCAAGGAAGUAGCUGCGGCCAUUGCCUUCCUGGCCAGCGAUGAGGCCAGCUUCAGCACUGGCGUCAGCCUGCCCGUUGACGGAGGUCGCCAUGCCAUGUGCCCACGCUAGAAUCCGGAGGGUAUGGGCUACGAGACUCCCCUGCAUGGACGUUUCCAUGUGAAAAUGCAUUUAUACCGAAGCUUUAUUUGUUAUUCUGAAUUUUUUAUUGUAUAAUAUUUGUAUUGUAUAAAUUUUAUAUUGAUCAAAUUAUAUCUUUUUCGGACUAAUCCUGUUGCCCGAAAAUAAGCUUAAUAAAAAAUAAUGUUCUCAAACACAA